AUGGUGGUGCAUGAGGAUAAGGGCAAUGUGGUGGUGAUCAAUACUUGUGGAUUUAUCGACAAUGCCAAAGAGGAAAGCAUCAAUACCAUAUUGGAAUACGCCGAUUUAAAAUCCCAAGGUCGUAUUGAUCAAUUGUUUGUAACGGGAUGUUUAUCGGAACGAUAUAUGGAUGAUUUAAAAACAGAGAUUCCCGAUGUCGAUCAGUAUUUUGGUACCCGAGAUUUGCCAUUAUUAUUAAAAGCCUUGGGGGCCGAUUACAAAAAAGAAUUGGUGGGGGAGCGUUUGUUAACCACCCCCAAACAUUACGCCUAUCUUAAAAUAUCCGAAGGAUGCGAUCGUCCCUGUUCGUUUUGCGCCAUUCCAUUGAUGCGCGGCGGGCAUAAAUCCACGCCCAUUGAAGAUUUGGUUAAACAAGCGCAUUAUUUGGCAUCGGAAGGGGUCAAAGAAUUGAUAUUGAUUGCUCAAGAUCUCACGUAUUAUGGGUUGGAUUUAUAUGGACAACGGCGCUUGGCCGAAUUGCUCAGAGCGUUGGCCGAAGUGCCUCGCAUUGAAUGGAUUCGCUUGCAUUAUGCUUUUCCCACGGGGUUUCCUAUGGAUGUUUUGGAGGCGAUGAAAUCCGAACCCAAAAUCUGUAAUUAUUUGGAUAUUCCAUUGCAACACAUUGCCGAUCCCAUUUUAAAAUCGAUGAAACGGGGCACCACCAUGAAAAAGACCAAUGAAUUGUUGGCGGCAUUGAGACAAAAUGCUCCAAAUAUGGCCAUUCGAACCAGUUUAAUCAUUGGCUAUCCG